CAAACUGAGGCUGCAGACAAACCUUAUAAAUGUGAUAUGUGUGGAAAGGCAUUCAACUGGCCAGGAAAACUACAGAUGCACAUGAGAACACAUACUGGUGAAAAACCUUAUAAAUGUGAUGUUUGCGGGAAGGCAUAUAAACAGACAAAUCACCUACAGGAUCACAUGAGGACACAUACAGGUGAUAAACCUUAUAUAUGUGACAUGUGUGGGAAAUCAUUCAACAGAUUAAAUAGUUUACAGAGGCACAUGAAGACACAUACAGGUGAUAAACCUUAUAAAUGUGAUGUGUGUGGGAAGGCAUUCAGCCAAUCAUGUCACUUACAGGCACACAUGAGGACACAUACUGGUGAUAAGCCGUAUAAAUGUGAUGUGUGUGGGAAAGCAUUCAGUCAGUCACAACACUUACAGAAACACAUGAGGACACAUACUGGUGAUAAACUUUAUAAAUGUGAUGUGUGUGGGAAAGCAUUCAGUCAGUCACAACACUUACAGAAACACAUUAGGACACAUACUGGUGAUAAACCUUAUAAAUGUGAUGUGUGUGGGAAAGCAUUCAGUCAGUCACACCACUUACAGAAACACAUGAGGACACAUACUGGUGAUAAACCUUAUAAAUGUGAUGUGUGUGGGAAAGCAUUCAGUCAGUCACAACACUUACAGAAACACAUGAGGACACAUACUGGUGAUAAACCUUAUAAAUGUGAUGUGUGUGGGAAAGCAUCAGCUUCUCACAGAACUUACAGAGUCAAAUGAGGAUACAUACUGGUGAUAAGCCUUAUAAAUGUGAUGUGUGUGUGGGAAGUCAUUCAUCCUAUCGCAGAACUUACAGACUCAUAUGAGGACAAUCUGUAUACGAGGGUCAUUCAAAAAGUUCAUAGACUUUUGUCCUAACUUUUUUAUUUAACAUCAUAUUAUAUCCAAAUUUAAUACAAAUAUUUUAACAACAGAUUCAAAUAAUUUGAGUAAAAAAAUUAGAAUGUAUCCUCAUAUUUAUGAAAAUUACCAAGGAUUUAGAACAGCAAAAAUGGGGUCACGGAGCACCGUCAAAAUUGAGGAAUUUUCUUAUUUUCACUUCUUAGUAUUUACAGCUAUACCUCUAAUAAAUGGAGCUGAAACGAAAUAAAAUUUACAUUUUUAAAUAAAGUAUUACUGUAUUAAUUAAAAUGAAAUCAGGUUAUGUAAUAUCUCGUUCCAUUUAAAAGAUAUCAGCUUCUAAAUACAUAUGGACUUGAUUAAAAAAGGCAAAAAAACCAUGACGUUGGAGACGUCACGGAGCAGCAAGUAGCUUUAAAAUUAGACUUUACAUUCGGGAAACUUUUUCUACAAGUUUAUUAAAUCCUUAUAAAUCAGGAUCUGUAUGAACAAAAAAUCUGUGUAUUUGAAUAAGUUGUACAAUUUUUGAGUGGUAGCGAGUUUGAAUUGGACGAUGGAUUGUCUGCAAAGAAACAGGUUAAAGUUAAAAUUAUUGUCAAAAG